AUGUUUUCAGAAGCCUUUGAAGCCACUGCCCAGCCCAAGUCGCAUGGUCUAUCUAAAAGCGCUAAGAUCGUUACUGGGGCGAGCGCUUGUACAUUAGCACUGGGGGCUGCAUACUAUUUAUACACUCGACGACAACGACUGCGCAAGAGCAACGACGAGGAGGAAAUGUUGGAUUUGGAGAAGUUGAAGCUCAUCACCGACGAUCUGCUUGUUGACAUGCAUGGUGUUCUCAUGGAGAUGGCUCAGAUGGCUCAACGUGUCAAGGCCGCAUUGGCUCAGAAGGGGUUGUCCACUCAAAUGACGGACGAUCAGCUCACCGAGAUGAUACUCCAGCAGGGCAUUCAGCAGAAGCUUGAGGAGACGCAGAAACAGGUGCUUCAGAAGUAUGGUGUCACGGCGGAGGAGGUAGAGGCGGCCCAGAAGCGGUACGAGAAUGAUGAACAUAUACAACAGUUCGAGAAAGGAGUAGAGGAUAUGUUCGCCUCGGCGGCCAAGGGGAAGAUGCCUAUCAUUCCAGGAUUCGAGAUGCCCGAGGCUCUCACAGUGGACAUGUGUUUGAAGAUCCUGGAGACUAUGAAUAGUGAGAAAUUGGCGCGACUACGGAAGACCCUGAAGGAGUUCUGGCGGAAGCACCCGCAUCCAGUUGAUGCUGAUCAAGCCGAGUUGGGUGUUGGCCUGCAGGAAGCUAACGACUCGGCUGAGGCAGCGGUUGUUGCUCGAUAUGCGGAUAUUGUUGUGAACAAGGCAGUUCUGCAUAGUGCUGUUGGGAAGUAUAUGACCAACGACAAGGCGUUUGCUAAGGAGCAUACUCGGUUGGAGCGGACGCAGCAGUUGGAGAUUGUGAAGAUGAUCAAGGCUGGGCCGGAGGGUAUCGAUGCGCUUGGGGAUUCUACCCCUAUCGAGCUCAUCGACGGUCUUAGUGAUCGUCUGGAAGGUACCAACGAGGAAGGGCUUACGAUGAGGUUGUUGCAGGCGAGCGACGAUAAGAGUGGCGUAGUUGUUGCUAUCACCAAAACUAUGAAGGACGCGGCGAAGUUGAUGAAGCCGAUAUCGGAUGCUAUCGAUAGUGGCAAGUUCGACAAGAGGAAGGAAUUACAAUUUGUUUAUAUGGUAGCAGCUGCUGGGUCACCGCUCAUUCAGUCGGAGAGGUGUAAGAAGAGUGAUAUAGUCUAUGUUCUAUUCCCACGGCCGGACCUUCAACAGCGUCCUGUGGCAUGUCUGAGCCUUGAGGAGUUGUUGGAUGCUGUGAAUGAUGAGCAGAUGUUUUCUGAUAAAGGAGUUAGCCCUUUGAAAAUGAGUGCUAUGCCCUCGGGCAAUGAGACUAAGAGUGCUACCAAUGUGGCUGACUUGGAUUAAGUUUGUUCUUUAUCAAUCUAUGUAUUAUAGAUAUACUAAGAAGUAUGACGCUUGAGCGGGUCGAUGAU